CCCAGCUAGUUCAACAACACUCGCUCUCUUGUUGCAACCGUGGUGGUAGUUAGUCCAUUCUGGUUGACCAUGUCGAGGGACCCACUUGUCGUCGGCAACGUCGUAGGUGACGUGCUGGACCCAUUUGUCAGGUCGGCAACGAUGAGGGUGUCCUAUGGCAACAAGGAGCUGACCAAUGGGUGUGAGCUCAAACCAUCAAUGGUUGCGGUUGAGCCAAGAGUCGAGAUCAAAGGACGCAACUCGAGGAUCCUUUACACUCUUGUGAUGGUGGACCCUGAUGCACCAAGCCCUAGCAAUCCAACAAAAAGAGAGUACCUGCACUGGUUGGUGACAGAUAUCCCAGAAACAUCAAAUGCAAGCUAUGGCAAUGAGAUUGUCUCCUAUGAGAGCCCACGGCCAACUGCUGGGAUCCAUCGCUUCGUGUUCAUUCUGUUCCGGCAAUCUGUCUGCCAAACCAUGUAUGCACCUGGAUGGAGACAGAACUUCAACACGCGGGAUUUUGCAGCAGCUUUUAACCUUGGGGAUCCUGUAGCUGCAAUGUUCUUCAACUGCCAGAGGGAGAAUGGAUGUGGUGGAAGAAGGUAUAUCAGAUAAACAAAUAAAUAUAUAUAUAAAUAAAUACAUAUAUAUAUAUAUAUAUAUAUAUAUA